AAGCGAAACCCAGAUGUUAUUUUGCCUCAGCGUUUCGGACUCUUUGUUGUCCACCAAAACUUCUAACUUACUGUGGCUAUAGCGACCGGGUAAGAAGAGGAGGGUCCAGUUUUCGCUGGACUGAGCCCUGGAUAUUCGAGUCUGGAGGUGGAGAGGAUGAAAAACUAACGGAAAUGUAGGCUUGUCCGCGCAGUCGAGCUAAGUCAUGGGUUCGGAGGCGGUGGAGGACUGUGUACAGGGGGCGCUGUCCUCCCUCUAUCCCCCAUUUGAGAGCACUGCCCCCCCUCUGCUCUCCCAGGUCUUCUCAGUUUUGGAGUCCACGUACCAGCAUGACAGUUUGAGGUAUUUGCUGGAUUUCUUCAUCCCGGCCAAACAUCUACUGCACCGACUACAGCAGCAUGCCUGUUCUCAGUAUUUGGGCUGUCUGUUCCUGCAUUCUGGUUGGCCGCUGUGCUUGGGGGAGAAGGUGGUGGUUCAGCUCUCUACUCUUGACUGGAGGCUCUUGCGCAGUACUGACUUCUACCUGCAGGUGGUGCCAUUCUCCACACGUUGUCCCCGCCUGGCCCUUAAGUGCUUGGCACCAGGUGGCCGCAACGUUCAGGAGGUCCUGGUGCCUGAGUCACAGCACCCCCUAGUGUUCACUGCUGAGUGGCUGCACUGCAUCAACAAGGAGCGGGGGUGCAAAAGGGAAGGAGGUGGCUGUUUAGAUACCUGCCUAGUGAGUACCUGUGACGGCGUGGUGCGUAUUCCUUGGGACGAGGUGGUAUACCCGAAAUUGCUUCACAAUCCAUCUGACCCUUUAUCAAGCCUGGAGCAUCCCUCUGCGGACUCCCCUGCACCCGACUACCUCUCACCAAAUACAGGGGGUCUGGGGUUGGGCUGGGGCUCUUCCUCAGGAGAGGCCGAUUCCUGGUCCUGGGACGAAGAGGACGACUUGCCUCCAGACGGGGGCGAGGCGGAGACUGAGUCUGCUUUGGGGCGUCUGAGGCAAGAUCAGCUGGCUGCCAACGGCUCCGGGGAUUACGUGGAGCUCCUGGAGCCCCGAGGAGGUCCUGACGGCGGUGCUGAUCCCAAGCAGCGCUACCUGGAGAUGCACGGGAUCUGCAAGACCAAAACACUUCCACUGUGCAGGAGGAGCAAGGCCAUCCGGUUGCGGAAAGGAAAGGCCUGGGGAUAUGGUAGGAGUGAUGCUGCUGGUAGGACUGGAAGCUUAGGAAGGAGGGACAGCAAUAACAGUGGGGGCAGGACUGGAAGCUUGGGGAGGAGGGACAGUGGAAAGGAAAGUGGGGGUACUCGCAGGGAUUGUGCCAAUCCUAGGCCCCUGCCUCAAGUCAUUGAUCUGGCUCGAGAGCGGCGGCCGUGCCCUCCAUGCCUCCAGGACUCAGAUGAAGGCGGUACGGAUCCAGUAGGUCUGGAAAGCAGGGGACUUUAUUUGAAGGGUCCAGUCAAGGAGAGGAGGCCUGGGGUGGGGAAGGAGAGGGAGGGAGCUGGAAGCACAUUGCCCUGGGAGGAGAGUCACAAGGGGAAGGUUUCCAAUAGUAGACGGAGCUCUGGAGUUGAGGACAUCAAUAAAGCUGACUUUCACACAGCAGGUAACGUUGGAGUGGACCAAUCAGAUCAAGAUCAGGGAAUCCACUCAGACUCUGUUUUCAAGGAUGGUGGAGAUAAAGCUUCAGCAGAAUCUGCCAAUGCAGGGACCCAAAAGACUGACACGCUAGCUUCAGAUUCUAGGAGACUGUUGACUAACGGAUCUGAAAUAAAGUUAAACCCACUUAAAGAUGCCUCUUGUUACAGGGAGUCAAACUCCUCUACCAAACUCCACAGCACAACCAAAGAAACUGGAAACUCCAAAGAUGAAACAAGAUGUUGUAAUGAACACACAAAGCCAGAAGGAAAUCUUUCUCAACCUGGUACUGACAGCACCUCUGUUGAAAGGCAUGCUGGAAAGUCAGAGGAGCGUGUGUGUCCCAGGGGAAAGGAAGUUAAAGUAGCUGGAUUUCGAGCACCCAGGAGGAAGAGGAAGGGUAAAGGAAAAGGAAAGGGUAAAUCUGGUAGUCGUAUCAACCAUAAAAGCAAGGGAGACUCCAGUCCUUCAAAAGCCCAGAGCAAAACUAGCCAAGUGGCCACCACAUCAGACCCAACAGCUGAGUCAUCCCUUUCUAAGGAUACUCAUUCAGAGGAGGCCAGUAAGCUGGAUCAAGAGACUGUGUUAACUAAUGGCAAAGAAGCAGAGCCUGAGUCUACUGACAAAAGUGGAGAAAAACUGGAAGGUCAACCAGAAAGCCUCAAAGAUGGUGAAAGUCUACCAGGCACAUCUUUACCUGACCACUCUACAGAAGAAGAGGGGACAUCAGUAACUUCUGACCAGUCCAAAGGACAGUCUUCUACUAAAGCUUCACCUUUGCUUAGAGAUUUAGAUGUAGAUCUCCUCCAAUCAGGAAAGUUCAUACUGACAGGUACUGUGGACAGACUUGGACGAGGACUGGUUAUCACAGAAACACACGCCCCUGUGGAGGCUCACCAUGUCAAUGACAUUGUGCAGCUGUUGUCCUGUUAUUACAUCAUUACCAGACCUGCAGCCAAAGAGAAGGGCUUGACUGUGCUGGUGGACAGCAGGCUGGCUCCUCCUUCUGACCUCUGCAUCUCUGCCUUGAAGUUAUUCAAGGCUCACGUACCAGCAGCCCUCGGCUCUGUUCUCAUUCUAAUGAAAGAAGAGCAAGAGUCGGCCAUGCCCAGCUUAGAUGGCAUAGAGGUACAUUCAGUGAGAGGUACUGGAGUCCUUCAGCAGUAUGUGGACAGGCAGCAGCUGACCAAAGGGUUGGAUGGAGACUUUGAGCACUCGCAUGCUGAUUGGCUGACCUUCAGACUGAGCCUGGAGCAGCUGACCGAACGCUGCGAGAGCGCCCUCUCUCUGCUGGGAGACGCACUGCAGUCUAUGGACACAGAACCGCUGCCUGAUUGUAUAAAGUCUGUACCACUCAGUGUUGACAAGCACAAGCAUCUCAUGUCGAACGUUCUGGCUGAUGAACGGCUGACAGAGCUCCAGCGGAGGGGCGGGGCUUGGCUAGCUGGCCUGGCUAACGGAACAUCCGGGCUGGCUCAGAGGUCACCAGACUGCAGGGCUGCCUUGGCCACAACCUCCAACCUCUACGACAGCGUUGAUGAUUCGCUCCAUCGACUGGUGCGUGUUUCAAACCAGAGAGGCCAUGACUUGGAAGCACUUGGUAGACUGGCAACUCUAGUGGGAAAACUGGACAAGUGUGAGAAAGAGAUCGAGCGAGUGCAGGAGCAGCUGGAGGAAUAUAAAGAUCCUCCUCUCUCUCUCAGCCGCCUCUCACUCAAACAGCAGAAGUUCAAGAGCUUCAGAGAGUCUGCCAUGGAACUUCACAGUGAGACUCUAGUGGUGCUGGGAGAGGUUGAGAGUUGGUCCGAGCUGGACUGGUCAGGGCUGGGGACGGUCCUUAACCGACUCCCACCAAUCAGAGAGAAAGUUAGAGACAUGUCUCACUGCCUUUCUGACUGCUGGACACAACUGGACAACACACAGAGGCUACUGUCCACUCUUACCGAGGCGUCCCAGUGGUGCGACGUGGUCUCCUCUUCCUCACCCCUCUCCUCUCCAUCCUCUCCUCUCUCCUCACUCCCCCCCAUCCCCCCAUCCCGAUUCCAGGAUGCACGGGCUCUGGCUAUGGAGCUGGGGGGCGGGGCUCUACUGGAGCUCUGGGCGCAGACCUUGGAGCGCUACCAGCGGACCCUGGCCCACUUUAAGACCCGGGUGCUCCAGGCAGAGCGCAGCCCACCCGCUGCAGCUCAGGGCCAGGAGCCCGGCUCAGGCGCGGCGAAGACUACACGGCUCCCCAGCUCAGGGGGCUCUAGCCUGUGGGAACUGGAAGGAGAGGUAGAGGGAGACUGGGGCAAUGGAGGGGAGGGAGGCCUGCAGUCCUGGGGGUCACUUGCCUCAGUGUUCCGGCCACAGAACUGCUCCACGCUGAAGAUCGGAGAGGAGAAGAAGAAGGAGGGAGCAGGGGGAACCACAGGAGGAGGGAAGUUCUUGCAGAACCUUCUCAACCCAAGCAAGAAGAGUCCCACAGAGGCUCCUCUCCCUCCCAAACCUCCCCGUAAGCGCCACCCAAGCUUCGACCUGCAGGCCCUUCUUGCCCCGCGGCGAGCGGCCGCGACCGUGACAAAGCCAGCAGAGAAUCCGCUAAGCUCAGGGAGCCGCGCGUCACCCCUGUCCUGGCUGGGCAGGAAAGCUGUAGCAGAUCCCAUCCUCACUGCAGGGAUGGCAGCAGCUCUACCAGGAUGGAAGGAUACUGUUGGGGGAGGAGGAGGAGGCGGGGGCGGGGCAGGGGGGGCAGGCGGGGUGUUGAUCCGGGGAGUGGAGGUCAGCAGUAAGGAGGUAGCUGAUCAUACUGGACUGAGCAGGCAACACGUGCUGCUCGGCAGGACAGAGAGAGAGAUGGCUGGAGAGAGGCCUGGUACUACUGCUCAGAGUAAGCUGUACCUGCAGUGGUGUAGGCUGGUGAGUUCUGAGAGGCAGUACGUGGCUCUUCUGAAGGCCGUAGAGGAGAACUACCUCCCACUGAUGGACAGCACAGACACACCGUCCUUUCUGAGAGGGAAGGCAGAGUUGCUGUUCUCGAACUGGAGCAGCCUCGCUACCUUCCACUCUCAGUCACUCCUCCCUGCCAUGGAGGGCGCUCUUUCCCAGACACUACAACAAACCGACUGCUUCCACAAAUUCAGAGAUCAGUUCCUGCAGUACUCCCAUUACAUCCGUAUGAAGCCUGAGCUGGACUCCCUGCUGGUCAGCCAAGCUGCUGACUUCUUCAAGGCGAAGCUGUUCUUCUCUCCUGCUCUCGCCACAGUUUCCUUUCCUCAGUGUCUGUCGGCUCCCACUCAAAGGCUGCAGCACUACUGCGAGAUCCUCGAGGAACUGGGCGGUUUGAACCCUGCCCCUGACUCCGCCCUCUCCGUUCUCAGACACGUCCAGCGCCACGGAGAAGACCUGCGGGCCAGCGACCUCAUCACAGGCUGUCCGGUACCUGUGGCGGAGCGUGGGGAGCUGGUACGACAGGGCGAGCUAUGCGUGUGUGUGUGUGUAGGCGGCCGGAGGAAGAAGACCGGCAUGAGGAACGUGUUCCUUUACCAGCAUUAUGUCAUUUUUACCAAACACAAAACUCCAAGCCCUGGACGCAGUGUGUACAGCUUUAAACACUGCAUUAAGACAGGAGAGAUGGGUCUGACGCAGAGUGUCGGCGAGGAAGGUCUGAGGUUUGAGGUGUGGGUGAGACAGACGUCUCGUAUCAAAGACUGUCUCACCCUGCAGGCCGCUUCUCCAGAAGACAGAGGAGCCUGGACCCAUGACAUCGCCCAGCUCCUGUGGACACACGCCAUCCAUAACACAGAGUUGUGCCUGAAGGAAUCUCUGUGUAUGGGAGUGUCCAGCAAGCUGCUGUUGGACGUGGCAGGCGCUCAGGUAUCCGAGCUGGACUCAAGUUUCAGCCUUAAUGACAGAGUGCAGAGUAGCUGUUCAGACUCCUCCUCAGUGGGCAGUCAGAAAGAAGGAGGCUCUCCAGCUGUUGCUAGAGACCCGAAGAAAAGCUCAGCACAGACUGGCCAGGCACAGAACUCGUCGCCGUCCACGUCCGUGUGAACAUCACAUCAUCUCAACCGCAAACAAUUGAAAACAAUGGACUUUCACUGGAUAUAGGAACAACUGGAGAAACGCUAAAUUACUGGACUGGACAAUGACUCAGCAACAACACAGCACAAUACAGUAUAUCAAGGUUUGGAGGCCGUGACAUUCCACACUUGGCUCUGCCGCUCUCCGUCGCUGUGUUGGUAACUGAUUUCCAGGUACUGGAGCGUUCGGCAGUGUUUCAGGCUUUCGUAUACUGCCGGCUCUAAAUGACUAGCUGCUUAAAGUGGCGUGCCAAGAAUCCCACUCCUAGAUCUGAACGGUUCAAAAGAUAUUAUGCCAUCCAUAACUUUGCAUAAGUGGCAUAUGAGACUCUUGUUCUUGUCUUUCCUUUCCUUAAUCAAAAAAAUAGACAUUGCAUCAACUAAUUAUAGGCCUAAAGUUAUCCUGCUGUACACAUGACUUGCUGUUAUCUCUUGGUUGCUAUUUUUAGACUUUAUUCACACGCACACUGGCUAUAUUGGUACCAACUCAAAGACGCAAAUUGCUGUUCACCGUCUGCUCAUACAACAAGGAGCGUAAAGUUUCCCAAUAGCAAUUUGCUCUUUUAAAACUGAUCAAGUUCAUCUGCACAAAAUCUGUAAAAUCACAUCAAAAAGUCACAGCUGGGGCAAAUUCCAGUGUGCUGUGUAGCUAAAUCAGUGCAGCUAUGCUAUGGACUCAUUGGAGAUACUUUGCAGAUGCUUUUUGCAGUAUUAAAGAAGUGGUGCUUUGGGUGGAGCAGUCCAGUGUAGAGCAUGUGAUAUAUGCAUUUCAGUGAAAUAAGGGUUUGUUUUGAGGAUCUGUGUCUAUGCAAGGUGACUGAAACAUGAUAAACGCUUAAGGCACUAAAGCUGUAUAAAGCUAAGCGUAGGUCAUUUUAUGUUAUCAAAAAAAAAAAACCUGAAAGAAUAAACAAACAGUGCCUACUACUAUACCUCGUAUGUGGGGAAGGACUGGCAAAUGAGAAAGCUAUGUAAAGCAGCAAUACGUGUGUAAACCGAAAAAUACUUUCUACGUUUGGAUAUUUGGAUUUUACAGCUUCACCCCCAACUUUGCUGUUCCUCCGUGGCUGAAAAGACAGAACUGCCAUGUCCCAAAUGGUUCCCUAAACACUUUAGCCUACAUUUGCAAAUCCAGAUCACUGUGUGGGGAACUAUGGAUGCCUGGAGUGGCCCUGAGCUGUUGCUAUAAUUUGCUAGAUUGUUAUCUUAAAAUAAGGAGUUAAUUAUGUUGUGAUCUCAAGAUAAAAAUCUUUAUCUUGAGUUCACAGCAUAAUUCAUUUGUUAUCUCAAGGUAAUUAGUUUAUCUCAAAAUAUCUCGGGGAUAUAACAAAAUAACGCUCAUUAUUUCAAGAUAAAAACUGAUAUGAUAACUACCUUAUGGCCUUAUAAAUAACUUAUCUUGAGAUAAGAAGAUCACUAACUUGUCUCAAGAUAACAAUCCAGAAAGUUAUAACUCAGAAUCAGAAUCCUUUAUUGAUCCCAGAGGGAAAUGAACUACUUCAUGGCCUCAGAUAACUUUUGUUAUCUUGAGGAUACACUGACUCGUUAUUUCAAGAUAACCACUUUAUCUUAAGAUAACAAGAUAAUUAACUCAUUAUCUCAGGAUAGCAACCCAGGAAAUUAUAACUACCUUAUGGCUUCAUAAAUAACUUAUCUUGAGAUAACAAGAUCACUAACUCAUUGUUUCAAAUAACAACUUUAUCUUGGGAUAACAAGAUAAAGGAGUCAUUAUCUUAAGAUAACAAUCCAGAAAAUUGUACGUACUUUAUGGCCUCAUAAAUCAUUUUUAUAUUGAGAUAACGGGAUAAUUAGCUCAUUAUCUCGAGAUAACAGUCCAGAAAACUACAACUACCAUAUGGCCUGUCUGGAAUUCUGUAUGGAACACUAAAGGAAACAGAACUGGUGAUGGUAGUGAACAUUUUCGGACACCACGUCAGGCAACAGGGCAGUUUGGAUACUCAACUUGUAUCUUUUUCUAAUCAUGUAGUGUUGAAGAUCUUUGUGUGUGUUAUAACUACAUAGUUUACAACUCUGCUGCCUCCCACCCUGAACUAUAUUAACACCAGCCAUACGAAAUAUGAACAUGUUACUUUGCUAUAUUUGUGUUUCUGAUUUAGAUAAAGAGAACCAGGACAGAACUCAUGUAUCAAAAGGACUCUGUGGUGCUUUGUCUUCUAUGUAAAUCCAAAUUCCUCAGCUUUUAAACUUGUCCAUCAGAUGUUUUGUCCAGCAGGUGGUGCUACUGUGCAAAAUCAGCUUCGAGACAAUGAGUCUGUCAUUUUUCAAAAGCUCAGCUAAAGGCCAAAUGGCAUUUUUCCUUUUCAAGCCAAUUAAUUAUUGUUCCCUUGUAGUGGUGCUGUACAUGUGCGAGAACCUGGAUAGGUUUUUUUUUUUCCCCUCAUGCAGUGGAGAAAAACUGCUGGGCAGCGCUUCACACGUUGCAUGCAAACACUAACUGUGGGCUACUUGUUUACUGACUCUCACUUUAGCCUUUUAUUCCAGUGUGUCACACAGCGGAGCCUCUCGGAGUUGGGAGCUGAGCAGAUCUCUCCACACAGAUCUGCUUGUUAUUGUGUGCUGUUAGUUAGUGCCAUAUGAAUUCACAUACCCACCAUCCCUCUCUCUUUUUUUUCUCUCCCACUGUGUGAAAAGAAGAGAUUUUUCCUUGCUCAGUCUAUGAGUUGCAUUAGGAUCCAGCUGGCUUUGAUUGUCAUGGCAGCUCCGCCAGCCAAAUCCAAAGAUGGUUUGCAUAAGAGGAAACGCUAGGACUUUCUGCUUUUAUUCUUUAUGAGUUAUGUAAUUGGCAAACCCCGCCCUUGCAUAUUCCAUUAUAGUCUAUUAAACCUUAAGCGCUCUUAAUCUAGUAUAGCACUGGAUUCCACGACUCCUUUCCGGAGUUUUUGAAUUCGGCUUUGUUAGCGCUGACACUAACUAUGAAUCAAGCACUCAUAAUCCAUCGCGGGACAGUCAAGACAACUCCUGCUUAUAAAGUGUUUUUUUUUUUUAUAAACCCAAAACAUUCUUAUGUCUUUUUUAAUGUAGAUACUGAGAUUAUAUGUGGCCAAAAACAGUAAACCAAGUAGACCAAGUAUAUUUACAGGAAGACUCCUGUAAUCAUGUAAUGUGAUUUGGUCGACAUUCCAAAUGACUUUAUCGUGUUUUAUAGAAGGGGUGGCGUGUGAGUGUAUGAGUGUGAGAGUGUAUGUGUAUGUGUGUGUGAGUGUGUGCGUGCGUGUGAGCUACAUUAGGAAUGUAGCUAAGGCUUUAAACCCACACCAAACUCAAUCCAAACAUACUUUCCACAGUGGGAAAUCUGUGCGAUUCAGCGCUUUUGAAGCAGCUCGCUCUUCACGACUAUAAAUAUCUUGGCAUGAUUCGUAGUUUUCAUUGUAAAUAGAAGCAUUUACCAAAGAAACAAGGUGCCUCUGUAAGCUGCCCAGUCUUGCUCGGUCUUAUCCUUUUGUUUACAUUUGUUUUUAAUGCAAAACCUCUUACUAGUAUUAAUGACGGAAUGACUGCAUGCCAUGUUGUAUUACAUUUACUUUUGUGCUUGAUCAUUGUGUCUGUUUUUUUCCCCUCCCUGUGAGAAUUAAAACUGGAGAAGAAGGAG